UUGAGCCAACGGUAGAUGGCCUCGCCCCCGAGAAGUGGAAAGCGAUAAAAGAUACCGAAUGGACUUGCAGUUGCCGAUACCCGAAUUCUUUUUUGGUUGGGAGAUAUCGAGAGGGGUUCGGAGGGGUGCUUGCGCGGGGCUUGUCUUAAGAAGAGAUAGGCCGUCCGGCGGUUGAUGCUAUAUAAACGUCAUGGACCCUAACGCUGGGCCCCUCAGAAACCAUGACGCUUCACACGUGGCAGCUACAGGCCCAGAAAGGCAAAGCUAUUCUCGACAACUCCAUUCCGAAGCAAUGGCUUAUUCCAGUCGACCAGCUGCCUGCGGCGGAUCAAUUAAAUGUCGAGGACUUUCCUCGAAAGAGUGGCCUUUUCUCAGCGGAAGAGCUCAGGAUUACUGAAAUGUCAGCUUCGGCUCUGCUAGCGGAGAUGGGCGCAGGGAAGUUGACGGCAGAAGAAGUAGUCGUUGCGUUUUUGAAGAGGGCAGUGCUGGGACAUCAAUUGCUGAACUUUGCCACUGAAUUUAUGGCAGAAAGAGCCAUUUCUCGUGCCAAGCAGCUUGAUGAACACUACAAACAAACCGGGAAACUUGUUGGGCCUUUGCACGGCGUGCCCAUCAGUGUGAAAGAGCAUAUCGGCAUCAAGGGACUCACCUGUAACACUGGCUACGUUGCAUGGGUAGAUCAAAUCGCCACGGAGGACGCCCUUCUCCUACAAUUAUUAGAAAAGGCAGGCGCUGUCUUCCAUGUGCGGACCAACCAGCCUCAAUCUCUCAUGCAUCUCUGCUGCAGCAACAAUAUCACCGGCACGACCCUCAACCCAUACAACCGCAACCUCACCCCCGGCGGGUCCUCCGGCGGCGAAGGCGCAUCAAUGGGAUUCAAAUGCGCUCCUCUAGGCAUUGGGACAGACAUUGGGGGUUCUAUCCGAUGUCCUGCCGCCUUCUGCGGCGCCUAUGGCUUCCGACCCAGCAGCUUGCGGAAUCCCAUGAACGGCCUCAAAAGUGCUGCCUCGGGGCAAGAGUCGAUUAAAGCCGUCGUGGGACCACUAGCAAGCCAGUCUAUCGAAGAUCUAGAGCUCUUCCAAAGCGCAGUGAUUGAUCAGGAGCCAUGGGAGACCGAGACAUCGCUUGUUCCUUUGCCAUGGAAACGAGUGACGCCGACAAAGGACAUCACGAUAGCCAUCAUGUGGGAUGACGGAUGUGUUCGUCCUCACCCUCCCAUGACCCGAGGCCUCAAGCAUGCGAAAGCCAGGCUCGAAGCGGCCGGCAUCAAAGUGGUAGACUGGGAACCCUACCGGCACGAUCACGGCUGGGAGAUAAUCUCUACGUUGUAUUACCCCGACGCAGCAUUGGUACAGUACCAAGCCAUCGCCAAAUCAGGCGAACCCAUCCUCCCUCUCUCACAAUGGGCCUUCUCUUACGGCCGCGCGCGCGGUCUCUCCAUCGCGGAGAACUGGGAGUUCAAUAAAAUGCGCGAAGCCUUCCGCGACGAGUACCGCGCUCUCAUGAACGAGCGCGGCGUUGACUUUAUCCUCAGCCCAUCUUUUAACGGUGUGGCGGCCGUGCUAGGUGAAUCGCAUUACUGGAACUACACGGCGAUCUGGAACGUGCUCGAUCUGCCGUCGGUGGUGUUCCCAACGGGGCUCGUACAGGAUGCAGCCUUGGAUCCUGUUGAAGAGUCUGCCUUUCAGGCACGUGGUGAGGCAGAGGCCCGCGAAUGGGCCAAGUACAGUGCCGGGGCAGACAGGUAUCAUGGCGCCCCGAUCUCCCUACAGUUAGCGGGGAGACGGUAUCAUGAUGAGGAGACUCUGGCGGCGGCGAAGCUUCUCGUGGGUAUCAUCAAAACGGAUGGGUAGCAAUAGGUCAUUCAGGAUAUUGCGGAACAAGAAUGGGGGGGGUAGUAAAUCAUAUACAUUGCGUUCAUAGAGUGUCAUGUACAUACAUCUUCAUCAAAUAUUUCCAUCAAAAACAAAGGGGAAAAAAUCAUCAAGGACCAAUGAAAACGGGUAUGGAAUAAAGGAAAUGAGUAAAAUUGAAAAACAU